GACCGACUUUGCUGAGACGUCGUCGACGUCGAUUAUGUUAUCGUUUUUAUCGUCUCUUUGACUGGAGGUGGAACCGAUUAGAAAUAAUUUUUUUCGCUAUCUUGUGCAGUUUUUGAGGACUGUAGCUUGAAAGACUGAAAGAGUCAUGAAUACUGAAUAGUGAAUUAUUAUUUUCUAUACGUGGCUAAUCGUGGUUAUUGCUUGUUGUGCUUAUUACUACUGUUUGUUAGAUGUAAUCUGCAAUUCUGCAUUUAGCAUUUUAUUUUCAAGAGUUAUAGUUAUACCUACACCUACAGUGUUGACGUUCGUUUUUGUAUGUUUAAAUGAGUUCAUUUUUUCAUAAUGUACAUUAUAAUUUAUUUUCGUACUUACUUUAAGUAUUUUACAUUGAAAGAAGUGAAUCGUAUAAUACAGAAAUUUUUACAUUUGCGAAUCGAUUGAGUGUUUUUAUCAAAAAAGAAAUCGUCUCAGUUAAUCCAGCCGCGUUCAUAGUGUGGAAGUUUGGCUCUUAGUCAAGUUUUUCAAUACUUACCUGUCAGAUCGCCUUAUGAGAUAGGUACUAAUUAUGUCGAAUAUUAGCCCUUGUGACAUGGAAGUCGAGUCAAUAAGAGAAUGUACUCACUGGUGGGAAAUCAAAAAAUAUUCGUGUACAUUGCCAGAACUAGGAAAAAAACUGAAAUCCGAAAAGUUUUCGGCUGCUGAUGAUUAUCUCAAUUGGCGCUUGGAACACAUGCGAUACGCGACAAAAUCGGAUGAGAUUUAUGUUUCAAUCAACCUGCGUCCUGAUUGCUAUGCUGAUCUUAGAAAGUGUGAAUCUGUAUCCGGAAGUGUGAACGUUUAUCUUAUUAAUUCCUAUAUUUACUCCACUGACGCACCCUUACGUUUUACAACAUAUUCCUUCGAGCUUAGUUAUGAAGAACAGAACCGUAAUCGCAAGGUGGCUGAAUUUAGCAUGAAUCAAAUAAAGGAAUUAUUAGGACGGCAUGAUGCAUUAACUAUUAUUUGCAAGCUCACCUAUCGUAAGAAAAAUGAAACUGUCGCGAUUUCUUCUUCAAACAACUCGAAAGCCGUCAGAAUUUCAGAAUCGAGGCUUUUGAGUGACAUGGAAAGAUGUUUCGCCGAAGACCGUUUCAAAGAUGUGACAAUUUCGGUGAAAGGUAAAGAGUACCGAGCUCAUAAAAACAUUUUAGCUACUCGUAGUACCGUGUUUGACAAAAUGCUCAGUAUAGACAUGUUGGAAAGCAAGAAAAAUCACAUCGAUAUCACCGAUGUCGACCAUGAACCUUUCGAAGAAAUGUUAUACUAUAUUUAUACUGGAAAGGUAAAGAAUUUAGACGAAUCAGCCUUCGAAUUGCUACCAGUAGCAGAUAAAUAUGAUCUCAAUGAACUGAGAAGCAUGUGUGAGGAAGUUUUGCUCAAAGAAAUAUCAACCGAUAAUGCAACCAGGAUUUUAAUAUUGGCGGAUACGCAUCGCGCUGAGGAAUUGAAGGAGCGUGCACUUCGAUUUAUCAAAGAGAAUUAUGCGAGCUGCAAAGAGUUCAAUGAUACUGAAUUUUGGAAAAAUUUAGCUGCCGGUAAUGCUAAAUUAUUGACAGAGAUGAUGGCUGAGUUCUGUAAAAUGCAAAAACUCGAUUGAUGUUUUUUGUAGAUUUCACGCGAGCGAUAGAAAUUUGAAAGAUUUUGACUAUUUUAUGUUGAAUGCUUUUUGUACGUAAUUAUUGUAUGUACCUAGUAAGUAGUUAGUUUUUGGUAUGAAUUUUAUGUUUUGGAAUUGGAAACAUCCAAUUGUGAAAAUUGAAAAUUGUAUUAUGGCGUAUUAUGCCGUUUUGUAUAUUUUGGGGAGGGGCGGUGGAGUUACAAUAUUAUUAAUUCAUAUUUUUCCCAUCCAAGCCCUCACACUUUUCUGUUGAGUAUCAAAUUUGAAUCGAAUACAUACGAAAAAAAUUGAAGCAACGUGUUGAAUAUCGCGAUUUAAUGAGAAUGAUACUUUCAUACAAUAUAAUUAUAGGUAACUACUUAGAUACUACUUUCCCUUUUUUUCUUUUCAUUUUUUCAUUUUAUUAGUCAAUACUUAUUCAUAAAUUUAAGUGUCUGUAUAUACGUUAUUAAAGUUCCAAGCGUU